AUGAAUAAUUUUAGGAUUGCAUUGGUUGGUUCUAUUGAUGUUACACAUAUUCCUGCAAUGAUGAAGGGACAUGAUGUAAGCACUUAUCAUAAUCGUCAUGGAAAGAUUUCACAAAAUGUAUUAGCAGCUUGUAACUUUGAUUUGGAAUUCAUGUAUGUUCUUAGUGGAUGGGAGGGUUCAGCUCAUGAUUCCAGACUACUAACUGAUGCUUUAACAAGGAGGAAUAGACUUGAAGUGCCUCAAGAUUUCCAGGCACAAAACAAUAGAGUGAUUAGUGAAAAUGCUGAUUCUGAGUCCAUAAAUAGGACAUCGUCUGAAACUAAUGAGCCUCAAAGUCAAACCAUUCCAGUUCCAGUUUCAGAGAAGCCAAAAAAGGACAAACAAGGCUCAAAUGAUCUUGCUAUUGCUUACUUGAAAGCUAGAAUGGAGGAUUGGAAUGCACAUCCGUUGAAAGGUGAAUAUUUGCAUGUUAGAUGUUGUGCUCAUAUUUUAAAUCUUGUUGUCAAUGAUGGAUUGAAAGAGUUGCAUGCUUCAAUUACUAAAAUAAGAAAUGCUGUUAGAUUUGUGCGUGCUUCCCCUAGUCGUAUGGAUAGAUUCAAGACUUGUAUAAAAGAUUGUAGGAUACAAGAGGGUGGCAUAGUGCAAUUAGAUGUUCCUACUAGAUGGAACUCUACUUAUAUUAUGCUUGAAAGUGCAUUAAAGUUUCAGAAGGCAUUUAAAAGGUUAGGAGAGCGUGUUGCUGAAUAUGCAAUGAUGCAAGGUGGAAUUCCAAAUACUGAGGAUUGGGAUAAUGCUCGAGUUUUUGAGAAGCUUUAUGAAAGGGAGAAUGCAGAAUUUUUAAGUGUUAGAGUUAAGGAGACUUUAAACAAGAUGUUCCAUAGUUAUAAAGAUUUUCAUGGAAAUAAUCUUUCUAGAUUGUCCACCAAAGAUCAUGAGAUAGAAGACAUUGAUUUGGCAGCAUUUGAUAACUCUUCAUUUGCAAGUGAAUUUGAGAGGGACAUAACUGUGAGUGAGAGCUUGAAUAAAAAUGAGGUGGACCUGUAUCUCAUGGAACCACUAGAGAAAGGAACUCAAAAAUUUGAUAUCUUGAAUUGGUGGAAGGUGAAUUCUAGCAAAUAUCCUACUCUUGGUCUAGUAGCUAAAGAUGUAUUGGCUAUGCUAGUAUCUACAGUUGCUUCAGAAUCUGCAUUCAGCACUGGGGGUAGAGUUCUUAACAACUACAGGAGUAGUCUUACUCCAAAGACAGUUGAAGCAUUAAUUUGUGCACAAAAUUGGUUCCGGUCCACUCCUUUUUCCAAUGAUGUAGAAGAGCUUAUAGAAGAAUUUAUAAAGAUGAAGAUAGAUAUUUCUCCAAAUAUUGAAGUUGAUGAUGAUUCUGGUGAGGAUUCUGAUUAA